GAACUCCAGCAGCUUAGCAAGCAAUACAGCAAUAUCAAGCUCCUCCAACUGGAUGUGGUCUGUGAAAACAGCAUCAAGAAAGUAGUCAAGGAAGUGGAAGAAAUUGUGGGAGACAAAGGUCUGAACUGCCUCAUUAACAACGCUGGCAUCAAUGUGCUUGCUUCCUUGGAAGAUGUCACAGCAGAGACAAUGCUCACCAUUUACGAAACAAAUACAGUUGCCCAGCUGAUGGUCACCAAGGCGUUUCUGCCCCUUCUGAGGAAGGCAGCACAGCUGAGCACAGGAAUGGGCUGCCACAGAGCUGCUAUUAUCAAUAUGUCCUCUCUUGCUGCCUCCAUGCAACUCGUCCAGGCAAAUGAGAUGUUCCUCAAGGUCUACCCCUACAGGAUAGCAAAGACUGCACUGAACAUGAUCACCAGGUGUCUUGCUGCAGACUUGAAAUCGGAUGGAAUUCUCUGCAUUUCUUUGCAUCCAGGCUGGCUUCAGACAGACAUGGGUGGAAACAUGGCUCCCAUGCAGGUCCAAGAGGCCAUCCCAGGUAUUCUCUCCGUUAUGGACCGUCUCGGUGAAAAAGAAAAUGGUUCCUUCCUGGACUGGCAAGGGGAAACUCUACCAUGGUAG